UGAACCUCUUCAUGCGCCUUCCAAAGGGCCGUCUACGCGCCUACCGGUCGCGUCGAUGCCAUGGCAACGAGUACGGGCCAGGCGGUCCGGGAGACCUUGCUGGACGGCAAGGUGCCUCUACCGCCUCGUGCAGGGUCCAAGCAUGGGCGGCGAGGCGCCUUCCUAAAGUCGACCACCCGCCGGGACUUGGACGACCACCCUGAGAACGCGGCAGAUGAGUCUCCGAAGGUGAAUGAACACCUCACCAGGCCCGGUCAGUCCAUCGUGGACGCGCUGAAGGAGACCGCUGCUGGCGUGCAGGGGGAGCUUGAGAAGCACUUUCCAGGCUGGACACCCGCCCGCGACAUGGCUGCGCAAGUUCAUCAGAAAAAGAAGCUGGACCAGGCGCGCCGGGACAAAGGUCUGGAUGUGGAGGGCGCAGAGGAGAAGGCGGCACCCAUGGUCGUCCUGACAGGUGCCUCGCUGAUUCCCCCCAUCCUCCGGGAGCGGACCAAUUCGCCCUCCCCAUCGCCGCGUGGCUCGGGGUCCGCAACCCCGGCACCAGAGGAUCCCAAGGAGGAGGAGGUGAAGAAGCAGAUGGACAAAGCUGGCGAGCCGGGCAGCAUCUUCUGGAGCCCCCACAUCAUGCGAGCGCAGAUCGGGGACAUUUUGGAGCAGCUGAACACUGUUGGCAUGGAGGAGCUUCUGAGCGAGCAGCUGGAGUUUCUGCAUAGCGUGGUGGCCAGGAACGCGGGCCUGGCGCGAUCUCUGACCUUGCAGGAUGAUGCGACCAAGGACCAUCACGAAGGAGUGCAGUCGAUGGUGGAUGGACUGUCGGAGUGGGUGGAUAAAUCUCAGAAGAAGACGGAGGUGACGCUCUACGGAUGCCAGGACAAAGGCCAGCGAAUGGCAGAUCUCAUCAAUGCAGCCAUUCUGGAGCGCGAGAGGGUCAGGCAGCUGCUGCUCAGCGACGCCGACAUCGUGGUCACCGAGGAGAAGAAGCUCCUCCUCGAGGAGCGGCGCAGGCAGGGCCAAGAGUUGAAGGAGAAGGUGCUGCUUAUGAAGCGCCAGGAGGAGGAGCUGGGGUAUGGAGGCAUUCAGGAGCCAGCGGCCAUCGCGGAGCUGCGGGGCCGCAUUGAGCGGAAGACCAAGAAGCAAGCGAAGCUCAAGGCGGAGCACGAGCUGGUUCAAGCCCGCCUGAAGUCUAUGGAGCAGGCGCUGGAAGCUGUGGAGCGAGGCGACCGCCAGGACAAGAGCAAGGCAUUGGACCAACACGCCAUGGAGACCAUAGAAGAGGCCAAGGGCCACGCCAGAGAGACGACCAUUGCGCCGCUGCUGGAGCAGAUGAAGCGAGAGCAAGAGCUCCACACGCCUCAGCCCAUCGAGUUGCCGGAAGAGAUGGUGUUUGAGCGAGACUCGCUGCAGCGGCAGAUCGAUGAGGUGGAGGGCGAAAUCGCGUCCAUCGAGAAUCUCCAUGCAGAGUGGGAGGGCCAGCGCAUGGCGGCCAUCAACACCAUCAAGGCCAUUGAGGACGAGGACGAGCAGCGCCUUGCGGGCUUCUCUGUAAAGCGCCGUCGCUCCUACCUGGGCAUCAUGCAGGUGGAGCCACCGCUGGUAGCGCCUAUGCCGCCCUUCGAGGUGGAGCAGGCGCCGGCCAUCAAAGCCGGGCUCUACCAGCGAUGCAGGCAGAUGCAGGAAGAGAUGCAGCCCUUGCUGGAGGAACUGCCCCAGUACUUGGCGCUGGUCGCCAAUGCCAAGCAGACGGCAAAAGAGAUCGGCGAGCAGCGUGAGAAGUUUGUGGAGCACAUCAGGUCCCUGAAGUUCAAGUUCCUUAAGGAUCUCAGGACGGGCGGGGCAAAGAAGAUGGCCAACCAGGACAUCAACACUAAGCUGGAUGAGGAGGUGUUGAUGAAGCAGGUGGAGGACAUGUGGGACAGCGAAGAGGCCAAGCUCUGUGAGGGCCAUUUGGCGCUUCAGCACCGCGCUGGCUUCUUCGAAGCCAUCGAGGGGGAGCUGACAGAGGAGAUCACGAAGCUGCAAGAAGCCGCGGAGAGGAACCGCUGGGCCUAUGAGGACAAGAUCGAGGCAGCGAAGGAAGAAAAGGAAGAGCCGCAGCCGGAGCAGGAAGGUAUCGACCUGGACGCCUUCUUGGCUCUGGAGGAGGAUAAGGACAGCUUCCUGGCCAAAGUAAUGGCUGCCUACCGGAAGCACGACCAGACAGUCCUGGAGAGUUUUAUUGAGGAGGCGGAAGAGGCGGAGCAGGAAGGAAAGCUGCAGACGAAAGAGGACAUCGAGAAGAAGAAGGUCCUGCGCGAGGUCUUCAUCGCCGAGCUCACGGAGCGUCGGAACUCCAUGGUGGCGCUGGGAACUACAGACCCUUCGAAGCUGGCGAUGCUGGCCAUUGAGUCCUGCUCUGUGUCAGAAGCUUCUAUGUCGGGCCCUAGCUCUGUGGCCGGCUCACGCAGAAACUCCCAGGCGCUUCCUCCAGAGACAGUGGAGCCCAAGAAAGGCGAGGUGAAGAGGACGCGGCUGUCCAUGGAGUCGAGCCUGCCGAGCUUUGGUCACCGCCUGUCCCAGGAUGCAGGGUUCACCAGGACCAUCUCGGACGGCAGCAACGAGGGGCACAUGAAGAGUAGGCUGAGUGCUUCAGUUCCAGGUUCGCCCAAAGCGCGGGAGGACAAACAGGUGGUCAUCUCCCGCGAGAGUUCCGUGGCCUCCUCCCGGAGCUCCUCCCCAAAUGGGUCCCUCAGCCCGUCUGUGCAGACGUCCACGACCCUCGCGCCCAGGAGGGCAGGUCGAUCCGAGAGAGCGAUGGACAAGGGCAAGAAGGCUCCAAAGAAGAGGUCGGCCAGGAGGGCGAGCACUGUGGCUGUGUCUCACCAUGCUCAUGCAGCACGAGCUGCAGUAGACUUCACCCAGCCGGACGAGGACGAGCAAAUUCCCGCGGAUGAGAGACUCGAGAGCCAAGAGUAUGGUGACCCGAGGAACGAGGAGUUUGGUGCGGAGGAACACGAGCCGCUCAGCGUGGAGGGCAGCGAGCAGAUGCAGAGCUUCUUGAAGAUGGACUAUCGCACCAAGCGCCUGGAAGAACGAGUGAAAGAGGCCUCGCAACAGCUGGCCUCGGCACGGUUUGAGCUGCUGGGCGAGAAUGCUUCACCAUUGGAUCUGGACAGGCUCAAGGUGUUCGCCAACGACGACCGGGCUCGGAGUCUCGCUCAGGACUCUGUGAAAGAGCUCCGUGAGAAAUGGCAAGGUAUGCUGGAGAGGCGGCGAGCCUCCCAGCCGAUGCCUGUGGAGGACGUCAGAUGUCGCGCAGAAGAGGACGCCUUCCAGGAGACCCUCCGAAUGCUCAUGGCAGAAGUCGAAGAUGCUGCCGAGUGAGAGAGCCUUGCGGGACUCAGCCUCCACGAACGAGAGUUGA